ACAUACACCAUCAUGCAGUGCGGCGCUUGUUCUAAAUACUGUAUUCGUCCACUACCUUUGAAAAUUCCAUGCGCAUGCAGCCGUUUUAUUGCGUUCCGCUAUUGAUCAGUCGUCUACUCGCACAGGCAGCAAGCUUUCUUUGAACACACGCAGGCUCGCACGCACACACGCUCACCAAUGCGAUGGGCUCCAUAGAGACUCCAAACCCUAUUCUCAUUUCUGGGGCCGGUGUUGCUGCACUUUUGUUUGCGCGGUCUCUACAUCGCCAGAGCAUCCCAUUCAUUGUCUACGAACGCGAUGCGUCUAUUGUGUUCCGAGCGCAAGGGUAUCGUCUACGCCUCUCAGCUGAUGGACUUGACGCCAUCGAGUCGGUACUUGGCCCGGAGGGAUUUGAGAGAUUCUACAACGCAUGUGGCAAAACAGGUGGCGCGGGGUCAGCAGCUAUCGACCCUUUGACAGGUGAAACGCUCAGCAGCAACGCUUCAAGCGUAGGAAGUGAGCAAUUAUCGAGCCGAGACGGUAAAGUCGUUGGCAUUAGUCGUGGUGAUAUGCGGAAGAUCUUCAUGGAAGGGCUGGAGGACAGUAUUCGAUGGGGCCACCACGUGAUUGGCUACGAAAAGACCACGCACGGCGUACGUUUGCUGUUCAAAGACGGUAGUCAAAGCGAGGAAGGGAGUCUGAUAGUAGGGGGUGAGGGCGUGAAGAGCGCAGUAGCAGGACAGCUCUCCAACGGUGCCAUCAAGGUUUACGAUCUAGGUUUGAGAGGUAUCCACGGACAGGCACCUACUUCGGCCUUUAGAAGGCUAGGCGAGGGCGUGUUUCGCGUGGUUGACGACGCUACUCAACCUGACGGUGGCCGUGUUUCCAUCAUAACGAACGUGAGAGCAGGCGACAUGAACAAUCCAGACAUCAACUUUGGAUGGACAAUGGUUGCGAGUCCUGGUGUCAUCCAAGCGCCCAACGAUGAUUACGCCAUUACUGGAAAGCCGGCCGCCGACAUCGCAAAAACGUUGACUGCACAUUGGCAUGAGCGUAUCAAGCCAUUAUUUAACAACAUGAUCGAAGGCGAAGCCGCGUUCUGGAAGAUCACAUGUUCCAGCCCAGAAGGCGUACCAGAUUGGCCGAACGAGCCACGCGUAACAGUCAUUGGAGACGCAGUGCAUGCCAUGACGCCAGCCGGAGGCAUCGGUGCAAACACUGCGGUACGAGACUCGGAACUGCUGGGUAGACUUACUGCAGAAGCAUGGGCGAAAGGCGAGGGCAAAUCCUGGGAAGGCGUAACGGCAAAUUAUGAGAAGGGUAUGCGCGAGUACGGCAGUGCUGCAAUAAAACUGAGUUUCCGGCAGAUGACGGAGCAGUUUGGAGUCAAGCCUGACCUUACUACCGCGCGGACAGUGACAGAGUAUCUCGCACCGAAUUGAUGAGAAUUUAUCGCCCAGAAGGGCUGCACAGAAUAUUGAAAAAUGCACAUUGUUGCGCUGCGAUGAAAAGUUAAAUGGCUAGUCGAAAAUGUACAUUACUAGCGAGGCCAUACGAUCAAACGUUGUAGAGCGGUGCAAGAUGACGUAAGCCUGUUUGCUGCUCGAGUAUCAAUUUGACUUUGUGCCCUCGGUUUCGUUGUAGCCCGGCAGAAGAAGCGUAGUAUACGUUCAUG